AACAACUGAACCAACUGAGAGGAGACAGCUGCUGUGUGGGGCACCAGGAAAGGGACAUUAAGCCAGACCUAUUUCCAGGUGGUGUUGUUGGUGCUUCCUCCCAAAGCUUCGGCUUCUGCGUGUGCAGGGGGAUGGUUGUUCCCUACGAAGGCCAGUCUUUCUCUGCCCUGAAGAGGCGGUGCCAGCAGAAUGGAGGUCUGUUUGAAGACCCUCUGUUCCCGACAGCGGACGAGUCUCUGUUUUACCAGAGGAAUCAGAUAGGCAGAGUCACCUGGAAAAGACCCAAGGAGCUGAGCAGCGAUCCCCAUUUGUUUGUGGACGGCAUCAGUGCCCACGACUUGCACCAAGGCCAGCUGGGAAACUGCUGGUUUGUGGCCGCUUGCUCCAGUCUGGCCUCCCGAGAAGCGUUGUGGCAGAAGGUGAUUCCAGACUGGAAAGACCAGGAAUGGAGUAAAGACAAGCCAGAGUCCUACGCCGGGAUCUUCCACUUCCGGUUCUGGCGGUUCGGGGAAUGGGUGGAUGUGGUGAUUGAUGACCGGCUCCCCACGGUGAACGGAGAGCUGGUUUACUGCCACUCCAACGACAGCAAUGAGUUCUGGAGCGCACUGGUGGAGAAGGCCUACGCCAAGAUGUGCGGCUGCUACGAGGCUCUGGAUGGGGGCAACACGGCCGAUGCCCUGGUGGACUUCACCGGAGGGGUGUCUGAGCCCAUGGAUCUGAUGGAGAACGGCUACAAAGAGGAUGAGGAGAAACGCAACGAGCUGUUUGAACGGGUCCUGAAAGUGCACAACCGAGGAGGCCUGAUCAGCUGCUCCAUCCGGGCAACCACCGCAGCCGACAUGGAGGCCCGACUGGACUGCGGCCUGGUGAAGGGCCACGCGUACGCGGUGACGGAGGUCCGCAGGGUGCGGCUGGGCCACGGCCUGCUGGCCUUCUUCAAGUCAGACAAACUCACCAUGAUCCGCAUGAGGAACCCGUGGGGGCAGAGGGAGUGGAACGGGCCCUGGAGCGACAGCUCUGAGGAAUGGCAGAAGGUCAGUAAAAGUGAGAGGGAACGGAUCGGCGUCACAGUGCAGGACGAUGGAGAGUUUUGGAUGACUUUUGAUGACUUCAUCGCCAACUACACAGACCUCAUCCUCUGUCGUCUCAUCAACACAUCCUACCUGAGCUUCCACAAGACCUGGGAAGAAGCGGUGAUGACGGCGUCAUGGCGUCGCCACGAUGACCCGCUUCUCAACCGGGCUGGCGGCUGCACCAACAACAAAACCACCUUCCUUCAGAACCCGCAGUACUUUUUUGAUGUGAGGAAGCCGGAGGACGAGGUCCUCAUAUGUCUCCAGCAGAAAGACCGCAGAACCGGGCGAAGAGAAGGCAGGGGAGAAAACCUGGCGAUCGGCUUUGACAUACACAGAGUGGAGUUGAACAGGACCUACCGCAUGCAUGUGACCCAGGAGAAGGUGGGAGGAAGCAUGUACAUCAACUCCAGGUCUGUGUUCCUGCGCAUCGACCUGCCGAUGGGGCGCUACGUCAUCAUCCCCACCACCUUUGACCCCGGCCUGGAGGGAGACUUCCUGCUCCGCAUCUUCACCGACGUUCCCUCCGACUGCAAGGAGUUAACUCUGCACGAGCCUCCUCAGACCUGCUGGUCCGGCUUGUGUGGUCAUCCCUCCAUGGUCACGCAGGUCCACAUCCUGCAGGCCGACGGACUCGCAGGGCAAGACUCAGAUGGAGUGUCAGAUCCGUACGUCAUCAUCCGCUGUGAGGGAGAGAAGGUUCGCUCUGGCGUCCACAAGAACACGCGCAGCCCCGUCUUCGACACCAAGGGACUCUUCUACAGGAAGAAGGAGAACCGGCCAAUCGACAUAGAGAUCUACAACCACAACGUGGUCAUGGACUCCUUCCUGGGAAAAGUGACGGUUCCCGCUGAGCAGGGAACAAUCCACAAGACUCUCCACCUGAAGAACAAGGGCGAUCGCCAUGACAACGACCUCCCCGGUACCAUCACCGUUGCCAUAGUGACCAGCUCAAUAAUGACAAGCAUCUGAGUUGUCGAGGAGCAGAGCUUUGUUCGGCUUUGAGGGUGAAUAUUCAGAAUAAAAAGAGCGACUUUAUUUAAGAGGAUUACAGAUGCAGCAGGAAUUCUGCACAGGAGAGUAGAAACAUAGACGUUUAAUCUUUCACAAGGCACCAUCACAGUGUGUAUCUGAAUAAAGUUACAAGAAAUGAUUUUAGUUAGUUUAUAUAUAUUGUUUACAGGUCUUUAUGUUUAUCAGUUCUCCCGUUUGUUUAUCAGAAACUGUUCAGGGAGAUGUUUAUACCACUAUUAUAUCUUGCUUUUUCUAUCAUAGUUCAUUUUUUUUUCAUCAAUUUCACGUGCCGAUUGAUUUUCCCACUGCUGGUGAGCAAACUUUGAACCGUCCACUGAAACUGAUUCUUCCCUCGGUCUGAUGCAACGGCCCAGUUUUCAGUUUUAUCAGCCCUCUCAGACGCAUGAGAGCUUCCUCUUGACCGUGGCAGUUAAAUCAAAAUACUUGGGUUGAAGAAAACAAAACACUAUAUAUCAUAAUUUGGACAUGAGGGUUUCACCAUAAUGUUGCCGACCGCUGUAACACCAACCGUCACACGUUGAUGAAGACGGCAAACGGAUGCGUGGAGACAGACGAGAUGGUGCCUGUAAAGUACUAGGAAGCAACAUACGUUAUAAACAUAGAGGUUUUUUAAAUAAUUUAAUAUUUAGCAUGUUUUUAACCAUUUGUUUUAGCAGUAGACGGUAAUGAGUUUAUGCCUAAGCCAUAUUAGUGGGUUCAUCUUAGAACUGACAGUUGAAGUCUGAACACCGGGUUCAGAACCACUAAAGUUACUGUUUCCACUGCCAACAGGUGCUCUCUCUAUCUCUUUCGCUCUCUCUCAAUCAUUACUGUGCAUUUUUAUGUCUUUUUUAUGUCACUUAGUUUUAGCUUUUGGUUUGCAGGUCUUGUACACAUAAACGUGCCCACUAGGGUGACACCACAUAUAAAAGUGCCAAGUAUAAACUUAUGAGCCUCAACACUUUGGCCGUAGGUCAUUAAAUGUGUGUUUACUGAUGUGUGGAUGAUGCCUGCUUUAUUUCAGUGUUGGGAUUCUGAGGGGGGAACUAACGUAUAGAAACCACUUCUGGGAUGGGUUUUAGUCCACUUCCUGCGCUUUCAGCGCUGCAUUCUUUGCUGUGAAGGAAAAUCGGACCAAAUGUUUAUUUUUAUUUUUACGGUCGUGAAAUUUCUUUUUGCAUCAAUAACCCCUUUACCUAGAUUAAAAUGUUUACGCUGUACAUUUGAAGUAAUGUUAUAAUUUACAGCCCAAAAGAAGUUUAUGAAUCUUUGUACUUAUCAAAGACGUCCAGAAAUGAAGUUUCUUUGACAACAAAUAAAGUUUACU